AUGAAUGCUGCGGAGCAAGACGACACGGAGGGUGGUGAACGAUUCCAAAACAGAGGCCAUCAAGAUGAUAACAACGAUGACGGAGCCGGUCGUCGUGACGAAGAGGCUCCUUCGAGACCACUAGGACCGCAUGAUCCCAGGAGGAUGAAACUAACCCACGAGGAACAAACUUGGGCCUUGAGAAUCAAGACAGCAGUGGAAGAAACUCCCGAUUUGGAUUAUCUUUCCGAUUUCUGGUAUGGUGCCUUGGCUCUCAUUGAAGAAGAUGAUAUUGAAGGGGCUCUCUGCAGAGCACAAGAGUUGCAAGACAUCAGAAAAGAAUAUAAGAUUGUCAAUACUUAUGCUGCUGCCAGAAGAACCUUUUAUGAAUCUAUCAAACUCAUUCCAGGCGAGUUCCUCACAUUUUCUUACAACAGAGAGGAAGGGUAUUAUGUCCUUGCCUUUGACAUGGCCAAGCAACCGACUGCAAAAACCUUCCAGUCUCAGAAUGACGGCAUGAACAUCAAGCUUCGACAAAUCUACUAUCUCUGCCAAGUUUGCGCUCCCGACUUUGAAGCUAUUCGGAAAGGUGUUGUUGUGCUGGUGGAAUGCCAAAAUGUCGACAUGACGGUUGGGACUGGUAACAUGGCAAUGAUGAGAAAAUCUUGGCAUAUUAUGUUGAAUUAUCCUUUCCGAGUGCAGAAACUCAAACACUUCCAUACCGGUGUCUUUGCAAAUCUACUUGUGUCUGGUGUGAAACGAUUCUUGCCGGAGGAUGUGCGAAACAGGUUCGAGGUCGGGUGUAUCAGUGAAGGAGGGACACUGGAUAAGAUGUUUCUUCAACCAAACUUGGAAGUGGCAAAUGAAAGAUUCUUGGGGCGUAUUGAAGCAACACUGGAGAGACGAUUCUUGAAUGAAGCAACUUUCCAACUAACGGGUGCCUCAUAA